AUGAUUCGCCUCCUCACGCUCCUCGUACUUUUCGCCCAUCUUGCGGUACACGCGCAUGCACAUCCCGUUGACUGGCUAUACAAACUCUCCAGCGGCGCCAGGGAGGACGGCAGCUGGCUUUGGGGCUGGGCAUGGGCCUCGGAUGGCACCGUGUCCAUCGUCGACCGCUCGCCACCCGUCACCUUUCCCGCUCGCCCCGCUUCUUUCGGUGCGGAGCUGAUUGACCCUCUCCUGGGCUAUGUGAUCCCGCUCUCUGCAUUCACUGCACCUUGCCCGCUCGACCCCUCUGCAAACUCGUCUCAUUAUUAUAAGCCGAAUCCCAUUCAGGGCUGCCCGGAACUAUGUGCGAGCGGUCCUCACAAACCCGACCCGACCGAGUCCUGGAUCGCUCUCGUGCAGAGAGGCGGCUGCCCCUUUGUUGAGAAGGCGCGGCAGGCUCAGCGUCUCGGGGCACGAGCAGUGGUAGUUGGUGGAGACAAAGAGAAUCCAGAUGCUCUCUUGAACAUGUACAGCGAACGCGACUCUUCCGAUGUGACGAUCGCUGCCACGUUCAUCAAGUAUUGGGACUACGUUGAGCUGCUGUCCAUGAUCUCCUCUUCAAACACGACCCACGGCGGGCUCAAGACUCACUCUAUUCUGCUGAGCACGGAGUUCUCAGCCUGGGAAUGGUAUUCGCCUUUUAUCACCUUCGUAAUCAUCCUCCUCCUUCCCUCCCUUCUCACUUUCAUCACGCUUCUUGUGCAUCGCUUCCGCGCAGUUCGUGCGGCACAGCGUGACCGUGCUCCCGAGGACAUUGUGCACAGCUUCCCAUGGCGUGUUUGGACAGGUACAGGUUGGGAGAAGCAUGAGCCUACCUUCCCACUCGAGAACGCCGAUGCUGAGCGCGAUGUCGAGCAGGGGCUCCCAUUGGACGCACAUCCGUCGACCUCGCAUGACGUCGAGCUCCCCGCAUGGGUCGAGGAGCAGGAUGAAUGCGCGAUCUGCCUAGAGAACUUUGCGAAGGGCGACCGCGUCCGCGUGCUGCCGUGUUAUCACAUGUUCCAUUUGGAUGAGGUGGACGAAUGGCUGAUACACAAAAAGAAACUGUGCCCCGUCUGCAAGCUUGACGUAACACAAUCUCACCCUCCUCCAUCACACCAUGCCCCCGUUGAACUUCAUUCCGAGGCUGAUGACCACGCGUCCACUCCGGCACCUGCAUCCUCACCAUUGCCACCCACCUCACCAUUGCCACUCACCUCACCAUUGCCACCCACCUCACCAUUGCCACCCACCUCACCAUUGCCACCCACCUCACCAUCGCCUGAGCCCUCCGAACGGACGCCCCUGCUGCAGGACAACACUGCUCACCGGCAUAGUGGAGAGUCAUGA